AUGGCGGGCUCGGCCGCGGGCUGGGUGCCCACCCACGUGCGGGUGACGGUGCUGCGGGCGCGGGGGCUGCGCGCCAAGGCGGCUGCGGGCGGCAGCGACGCGUACGCGGUGAUGGCGCUGGGCCGAGACAAGUUCCGCACCUCGGUGGCCGAGCGGUGCCGGGGCGAGCCGCUGUGGCAGGAGGAGGCCACGUUCGAGCUGCCGGCCCGGCCGGCCCCGCUGCGCCUCACGGUGCUGCACCGCGCCCUGGCCGGUGCCGACAAGUUCCUGGGCCGGGCCGAGGUGGAGCUGGCGGCGCUGCGGGAGCAGGGAGGCCGGAGACACACGAGGUGGUACAAGCUUCACUCCAAACCAGGAAAGAAGGAAAAGGAGAGAGGGGAGAUCGAGGUGGAUAUCCAGUUCAUGAGGAGCAACAUGACAGCCAGCAUGUUUGAUCUGUCCAUGAAGGACAAGCACCGCUCUCCCUUUGGGAAGCUCAAAGACAAGCUCAAGGGCAAGAGGAGCAGUGGCCUCUCGGACACGGCGUCGGAGAUCGUCCCCAGCACCUCCCACUCCCCUGCUGACAGUGAGGAUGAGGCAGCCGAGAAGGAGAAGAAGAAAUCCAAGUUCAAAGCGCUGUUCUCCAAGCCUGGCCUGCAGAAGACAUCCCUGUCCCAGUCCAUGUCAGUGCUGCCCACUCAGCAGCCCCUCACCCCGAGGGUUCGGCUGCGGCCCAGCGACUUCCAGCCUCAGUGGGAUGAGGAGGAGUCCGAGACCUCUCCUGCCUCAGAACGAUCCUUUGAAAACGCGCUGGAAGAGAAGCCAGCUCCUUCUCCUCUGUUCAGAUCUCGUAAACCAGCCUUUUUGGACAGUAGGCAGCUAACCCAAGGAACCAUUAACCACACCAAAAAGGAUGGGCUCUCUUUGUUCAGUGGCCUUAAAUCUAAAAGCGAUCCCGUGUCCAAGUCUAGUCUGUGCAUCAAUGGCAGUCACGUUUAUAUGGAAGAGACCAUGACGAAGGACAAGACUCCAGCCUCCUCCCCCUCUCCUCACAACCUCAGGAGGAAGCAGCUCUUUGCUUCAGAGGAGAACCUGUCCUCCAGGUCCACUAAAUCACCUGAAGAGGUGGGGAGAACCUCUUCUGGUCAGGCUUUCUCUGGGUCCACAUCCUUGGAGACCUUCAAAUCCAUGACUCUGCCAUCAUACAAACUGCUCAGCAGUGAGGAGCACCUGGACACCAGCAUUCCACCAAGCAUUGAGGCUGUUAGAGAGACUAAAAAACCAGAGAACAAAAAGUCUGCCUUGCUCUCCCUGGUCUCUGGGAAGAAGGAAAUGAUGAAGACCAGCAAUGCUGAGAUUGUUCCCAACAGGACCCUGCAGAGUGAGGAAAAUACAACUGCAGAAGAGAAGAGUGAAGAGGAGGCCAAAUGCCCUGAAGGUCCAGCAGAUUUGGGCAGAGGGAGCCCAUCAGGAGACACUGUCCAUGUGGAGGAGGCCGUCACAAACAAGCAGCUGCUCAGCCCCCGUGAGGAAGAACAGAAACCUGAGAAAGCUGCUCCAGCCAAGACCAAAGCUGUGAAACCCAGACUGGGCCUGUCUCCAGAGGAGGAACCCAAAGCCACGCUUCCUACUCUUGCACCUGACCCCCUCCCUGCUUUCCUCUCUGUGCACCGUACCAGCAGUGCAAAUAAUCCUUUUAUUUCUAAAGUGGGGCAGACAGUCCAAGUGCCAGACUCUGAAAACACCACUAGUUCUCCUGCCUCUCUCAUGUCUCCUGCUGUUGCUGCAGAGCUUUGGAAUGACAAGAACCCCUUUACUCUUGAGUGGGACCGGGCAUCCAGAGCCCUGGAUUCUGACAGCAUCGCCCUUUUCCCUUCACCCCAUCAUCCUGCAGCCUCUGUUCCCAAAGCACCUCUUCCUGGGCAGGUCCCUGCUAGGGGCAAUAAUCCUUUUGCUUCUGACUGGGGGCAAGCUCCUGAGGGCUCUGGCACGGAGCCUUCCCGUGAUCUCUCUGGCCCACCCACACCUCCUGUCCCCUCUGGCUGUCAUUUCAAUGGCAAUAAUCCCUUUGUGUCCAAGCCUGGGGGACAGGCAGUGCCAGGUUUCCAGGCUUUCUCUGGUUCUUCCCCUGCCUGCCUUCCUGGUGGUGAGGACUGUUCCUCUGGAGGACACCCUGCUUGUGGUGCUUCAGAGGGCUCUGUGGAUGUGGCUUUAGCCAAUGGUGUCAAAGCUGUGCCAGACCCUCUUGGCACCUUGUCUGACUCCCCUUCUGGUCCCUCUGGGCUGGCUCCAGAGCCACACCGUGGUUCUGCCCAGCUUCAGCCUGAGGAUUCUUUGGAAAGCAGCAAGCCAGGCACUGGGAAAUCUGUGUCCUUUGUCCUAGGGAGAUGGCAGGGUGUUCCAUCAGGUGGUAGUGAGCUCAGAGAGGAGCAGGAGACCUGUGGUGCAAAGCAACGGGCAGAAGGAGUGCCCGUGUUAGAGCCCCAGGCAGCCCCACCUGCUGGAAAUGAGCCACUUUGUCAAGUCCAGCCAAGCCCGAGAGCCCGCACGGUGUCCCCUUGGGAGGGGGAUCCAGGGAGGGCUGGCAGUGAGAUCCUUGUCCCCCCAAAGCCAGCCCCACGAGUGGCUGUACUGCUGAGGAAAUCCCCAGUGACUUCCCAGGCUGAGCUAAGGGCUGAUGUUCCUGCUUCAGGAGAUGCUGUAAAAUCCACACCAGGGCUUCCAUUCCUGGAGGACAAGGCCUCAGCUGCUCGUGGGUGCCUCCCUCAAGGUGACUCCUUGGAGACUGUUACCCCUCCAGUGACAGCCAGAGGUAACAGCAGUGACAGGCCUUCAGAAAAAGAAGGUGAUGAUGAUUUCUCUGUCGGUGUCACAAAUCUCAAGUCUGCCAUUCCUGUGCCUGGAGACCGGGCCUCGGCGCUGGCCAGUCUUCCCGUGAUCCCGGAGGGAGGCUCUGAUGAUGAGCUGCUGGGGGAUUGCCAGGAGAGCUGUAGGGUCACUGCAGGUGACAAAGGUGUUCUAGGGAACGGAGAGCAGCCCCGAGGUUUGACACCUUUGCAUGGAGAGCAAAGAGAGUUCUCUGAUAGCUCUGCUGCAGCCGUGGUGAUCCCGGCUGCUCCAGGAGGAGGAGCUGUUCCUGGCGCUUGGAAGCCAGGGAGUUUGGCUGUGCUGCCUGCUGCAGUGGGUGCUCCCAGGGUCUGUGUCCAGGGACCUGACUCAAGCUUAGGUGGGAUGUCUCAUUCCAGAGAGUGUGACAGUCACUUUGAGAAACAAGAGCUGGAAAGGAGUGCAGGUGUUGAGGAGUGUGCAGAGUGUGACUUCUCUGAACCUUCUGCUUUCUCUUCCUCCCUGUCAAGUCCUUGCCAGCCCUACUCUUCCUCUCAUUCCCUUCUCUCUGACACCCCAAGUCAUAGAGCAGAGUCUCCGAAAAAGCCAGCAGCCGAGGGCUUCGCAGAUAAAGCAGGAAAUUCGGGCAAGAAGAAACUUCUGCAGGCAUGGGUUUCACCCUCUGAAAUGUUCCCUAACCAAACCCCACGGGGUGGUGAAACCGUGUCUCCCAAGCACAGACUCCAUCCUGUGAAGCCAAUGAAUGCCAUGGCAAACAAGCCUCAGAGCAAGAGCCUGAAUGUCAUCAGCACCAUGAAUGAAAAGCUGCUGGAAAUGAGUGUGAAGAAAUACGAUCCCUCAGACCCUGCCUAUGCGUAUGCUCAGCUGACACACGAUGAGCUGAUCCAGCUGGUGCUCAAACAGAAGGAUACCAUUACCAGGAAGGACCUGCAGGUGCGGGAGCUCGAGGACUACAUCGACAACCUGCUCGUCAGAGUCAUGGAAGAGACCCCAAACAUCCUCCGUGUUUCCAUGUCUGGGAACAGAAAGGCUGGGAAGAUGUGA